UGGGGGCUUUUUCAACAAUUCAGGAAGUUGCUUAGAGCUUACGUGUCUUUGCUACAUCACCAAAAAAAAAGAAGAAGACAAUUCUUGGUUUUAAUUAUUUUUAAUUCAAAGCUCUUAUCCUUCCCUUUGUAUAAAUAAGCCAAAUGUUUUCCUAAAUUUUCAAAGUUUUAUUUCCAUUUCCUUUAACUGUCUAGUUCCUUAAAAUUCUCCAACCUUUGCUUCUUCUGCUAUCUUUCUUCAACCUCUUUCUUUCUUCUUCAACGUCGACGUGUGUCUGCAACAAACACAUACCUAUAUAUAUAUAUAUAUAUAUAUAUAUAUAUAUAUAUAUUCCUGCUUUUUUUCUUAAUCCAUCAAGAACUUACCUCAUCUUUAUUGUUCUUGAUUAAAACAUACAUAUAGAUAUGUUGGAAGAGGGAGGUGUAGUUGUGAACCAAGGAGGGGACCAAGAGGUGGUGGAUUUGCCUCCAGGGUUUCGGUUUCAUCCAACUGAUGCAGAGAUCAUAAUUCACUAUCUCAAAGAGAAGGUCUUCAACGUUCGAUUCACCUCGGCUGCAAUUGGUCAAGCCGACCUUAACAAAAACGAGCCAUGGGAUCUACCAAGUAACUCAAAAAUUGCAAAGAUGGGGGAGAAGGAGUUUUACUUCUUUUGCCAGAGGGAUCGGAAGUACCCGACCGGCAUGAGGACGAACCGUGCAACCCUGUCCGGUUAUUGGAAGGCGACCGGGAAGGACAAGGAGAUUUUUAGAGGCAAAGGUUGUUUUGUUGGAAUGAAGAAAACACUUGUGUUCUAUAGAGGAAGAGCUCCAAAAGGUGAAAAGACCAAUUGGGUUAUGCAUGAGUAUCGUCUUGAUGGCAUCUAUUCUUAUCACAACCUCCCUAAAACCGCAAGGGAUGAAUGGGUGGUGUGUAGGGUUUUUCACAAGAACGCUCCUCCUCCCACUACUACAGCAACUACUACUACUACUACAAAUCAACUUACAAGGAUUGAUUCUCUUGACAACAUUGAUCAUCUCUUAGACUUCUCGUCUCUCCCUCCUCUCAUCGAUCCGGGUUUCUUGAGUCAGCCCGGCCCAAGCUUCUCCGGUGCCGGCCAACAACACGACUUCAAACCCAUCCCUCAUCACCCUACAACCGUGCAGAUCAACAACACUUACCCAUCAGCCCAAACCCUCACUUACCCUUAUAACUCGGUGCCAAAUUAUGGAUUUGGUUCUGGUUAUGGGACUGGUUCCGGCAACAAUAACAACGGUAUGAUCAAGCGGGAGAAUUCUCUGGUGAGUGUGUCUCAAGAAACCGGUUUAAGUUCCGAUGUGAACACAACCGCCACGCCGGAGAUAUCUUCUUCGUAUCCAGGGAUGGUGAAUACUGCGGCCAAUGCGGCGAUGAUGGAUGGUAACAAGACGUCCUACGAUGAUGAUGACUUGGGGAUCUUUUGGGACGACUACUAACUAAUUUGAAGGUGUUAUUAUUAGUUGUGAAUCUGUGAGUGGUACUGAUUACUUUGCUUAGUGAUUUUAAUCAGGGAAUUAGUUUGUUUAUAAAUCCACUUGGAUUAUUAGGUGUUCCUAGGCAAUGAACUUUAGGUAGACGAAAUUGUUUACUUAGUUUUUAGUUUUUAGUUUGGGAUAAAAAAAACUUUGUAAUUUGCAAUACAUUUCCUUGUGAUUAACUUGUAUAUAUAUACACAUAUAUAUUUCUUCGUAUGA